GCCUUUUAGACGUCACCAAUUUUUAUAAACUUUAUUGACAGGUGUCAUAAGAGCUAAUAUCGCAAAUCCUACAAUAGUACACUUUUUAGCCACUUCUUGCACUUUCUGACCCAGGUGAAGUCGUAAGAUCCAAUCAUGUUGGGUCGUUUUGGAAGUUUGGUGCCUUUAGUCACUCAAAAUGUGCAACAACAAAGGGGUAUGGCCACCCUUAAGUCCAUUUCAAUUCGCCUCAAGUCCGUCAAAAACAUCCAAAAAAUCACCCAAUCAAUGAAGAUGGUAUCAGCCGCUAAAUAUUCCCGUGCUGAGCGUGAGUUGAAGCAAACGCGCCCCAUUGGAAGUGGAGCUUCCCAAUUUUACGAAAAGGCUGAAAUUUCGGCCCCUGAGGACCUCCCCCAGAAGCUUUUAAUCGCAAUCACUUCAGACAGAGGUCUGUGUGGGGCUGUCCAUACCAGUGUUGCUCGUCUUAUUCGUAAUGAAUUGAGCAAUGACCAACAAAAUUUCAAAGUCGUGUGUGUUGGGGACAAAUCGCGACUCAUCUUGCAACGCAUGUAUGGCAAAAACAUCAUUUUGGCAUGCAAUGAGAUUGGGCGUUUGCCCCCAACGUUUAAUGAUGCCUCAAAAUUGGCAGAUGCUAUCCUGAAUUCGCAAUAUGCGUUUGGGUCGGGACAAAUCGUAUUUAAUCGGUUUAAGUCGGUCGUUUCCUACAGUACUCAGACCCUGCCUGUCUUCAGCUUGGCCGCAGUUAAGACCGCUGCCAAACUCCCGGUCUACGACUCCCUCGACGAUGAAGUGAUCCAAUCUUAUUUGGAAUUCUCACUGGCUUCUCUUUUGUACUACGCCAUGAAGGAGGGCGCCUGUAGCGAGCAGUCAUCCCGAAUGACGGCCAUGGACAAUGCCAGUAAAAACGCCGGAGAAAUGAUUGAUAAGCUCACCCUAACGUUCAACCGUACCAGACAGGCCGUAAUCACCAGAGAACUGAUAGAAAUCAUCUCUGGUGCUUCGGCCAUUUAGGUAAAUACGCCCUAAAAACUUGAUAGUAUAAUGCUGUAUGUAAGGGUCAAACAGAAUAAAAACCACGUAAGCCCAAAGUCACUGGAUCCGGACACCGAUCCUGUUUUAUUUCGGUUUAACUUUUACAUAAAAUUCAGCGACAUUUUAUUGUCAUACAUUAAAUUAACAUCAAAUAAAAUUUGUUCACUGGUCCA